CUUGUUUGGCGGACACAGCAAACAAAAGCAGCCAGCAACGCCAAACCAAGCGAAGCAGCAAACGUUUCCCUCCGCUUAACUCGACACCCGACCUCACGCUCACGCUCACGCUCAGCAGGCGCCUUGCUCGUCGGCAGUGGUGAAGGUGUGGGAAGAUGGGAGUGAAGGGCUUGUGGCAGUUGCUGGAGGUGGUGGGUCGCCCCGUGCAAAUGGACGACUUGGAAGGGCAGGUGCUGGCUGUGGACGCCAGCAUCUGGCUGCACCAGAUUGUGCGGGCCAUGCGCAACGACAAGGGCGAGCUGGUGCGCAACGCGCAUAUCCACGCCAUGCUUGCGCGCAUCUGCCGUCUCAUUCACCACCGCAUCAAACCCGUCUUUGUCUUUGACGGCGGUGCCCCGCUCAUCAAGAAACAGACCAUUGCCGAGCGCAGCAAACGGCAGACGGAGGGCGCCCAGUCUUUGCGUGCUCGCCAGCAACAGCUUCUUCUCAACACCAUCAAGCAGUCGCUUGCCAACAAGGCGGCGAGUGCACAUGAUGCGAGCAAGCAAGCGCGCGACGAAUCAACUCUUGUACAUGCACCUGCGCACGACGAGGGUGAGGUGGAGGUCAUUCAUGAUGAUGAUGACGACGACGACGAUGAUGAUGGUGGCAGCGAUGAAGAAGAGAGUGAGGGCGCGAGCAGCUCGGAUGAGGAUGACGGUGUGGACAUGAUAUCUCUGGAGGACAUUGGGCGGUUGAUUGAGGCACAGCGGCAGCUGGAGCCCCCGGACGUGCGUGGCGAUGACACAAUUGACCCGUACAUCGACAUGACCCGCGCUCGCGUGUUCACGCCAGCAUUUGACCGCCUGUCCCUUGAAGAGCAGUACCACAUCAUCUUGGAGGCGCGCGAGAGACUCAAGAGCAGCUGGCGCCGUGGUGGCGGUGGCGGCGGUGAUCAUGGCGGCGGUGGUGGUCGUGGUGGCGGCGGUGGUGGUCAUGGCGGCAAGCAGCGGCUGGGGCGGGGCGAUAGUGACUCCUUUUCGACUGGGCAGCUGUCCAAACUGAUGAAGCGAGACCAGCUGACACGUCGACUGGAUGAGAUCAGGCAGCAGCUGCUGGAGGCGAACAGCAUUGACGGGACCCCAGCCAUGCGCAUCGUCUCGGAGGACACCGCCGUGUACACGCUCAAGCGACCUGACGUGGAGACUGCUCGUCCCCGCAGCGGCGCAACAGCUCAGACGCUCGGAGAAAAGUUGGCAGCACAGGAGCACACGCGCGAACUCGGCGUGCACAACCAUGAUGAUGAUGAUGACGACGAUGAUGAUGAGGGAGAGAGCGAUGUGGAGGCCCUUGAUGCGGACUGGUUGGAUGAGGCAUUUGAUGCAGCCAACGUGAAGGAUGAAUGUGAUGCAGACAAGCGUGGUGCCAGCACACCGUCUGCACUGGCAGCAGCAGCAGCAGCGAAUAAGCAAGGGGUGUGUGGCGGGAACAAGAACACCACCACCACCAAACGGUCAAGUGUAGCGUCCAGUGUGACUACGGAUGACAGAGGGAAUGCAAAACCCAGCGACGCCAUGCGUGCGGGUGGCACUCAACGACAUACGCUUCGACAGACCCACCACCACCGCCAUGAUCACAAGGUUGUUGUUCCGGAUUUCUUUGCCAGCAUCGACACGGACCAAUCAGCCAUCCUCUCAUCAGCAACACCAGAUGCCUUUGCAGCAUCAAGUGGUGAUGGUGAUGGUGGACUUGGAGCGGCUGGUGCUGGCGACACAGACAAGGAUGCAUCAGCAGCAGCCACAGUGGGAACUGCAACAACAACAGGAUCAACAGCAGGCGCAGCGAAGACAGGCGCAGCAAAGACAGGCGCAGCAAAGACAGCAAACGCAACACGGCAAACGCGUGCACCAGCAGCCCCUCCCGCUGCAGCUGCUGGUAUCACCAGACGUGCUGUACAGGCAGGUGUCACGUCAUCAUGGUCGUCUUCGUCUGGCACAACUCACGUGCCAACAGCUGCAGCAACAACAGCUACAACAACAACAGCUACAACAACAACAACAGCUGCGCCGCGUGUGCGCUGGGAUCAACCACUGUUGUCAGCAGCGGCAGCAGCGGUGACAACACCUCGCCCCAUGAAGGUCGAGAAGAAACCAGCAACAACUACAACAGCUGCUGCUGCUGCGACCAUCACACGCACACCAGCAGCAGCACCAACAGCAACAGCAGGGAGUGUUGGUGCCGGCCCAUCGCUGAAAGGGAGCGUGCUGAGGUCUGACAGCAGCGAUGACGACAGCACCAGCAGUGACAGCAGUGACGAUGAGGGUGAUGACCAAGACAACGCUGGCGGUCGUCGUGGUCGUGGCGUCACAGUCGCGUCGAGAGGCCCCAAACACCGCGGGCGACCAAGACGACGGGUGCAGGGCGAUGGUGAUGAUGGCGAUGGAGGUGAUGGUGGUGACGGUGUGAAGCAGCGGAGUGGCAAGGACAGCAAGCGUGGUGCAGCAGGGAAGGCGAACAAACAGCAGCAGCAGCAGCAGCAACAGCAGCAGCAGCAGCACUUGCAAGUGCAGAGGAAGGGGAGACGUGUUCGCCGGAUGAGGGAGAGGGUGCAGCGUGCGCGUGUAGGCGCAAUCGUGACGAGCCGAAACCGGGGAAGGGAAAGGCGUGAUGGUAGUAGUAGUUGUAGUGGUGGUGGUGGUGGUGGUGGUGGUGAUGAUGAUGAUGUUGUGGUGGUGCUGGACGACGACGACGACGACGAAGAUGAUGAGCAGACCGAGGAGAAGGAGGAGGAGGAGGUUGUCGUGUUGGAUGAGGAAGAGGAAGAAGAAGAGGAGGAGGAAGAAGAGGAAGAAGAUGCACUGCUGCAGCAACGGGCAUCUCACUUGAGGAACGAUCAGAAGUUGCAUAUGUCGCUGCCAGUGACGCCAUCGGCGGAAACACACGAGGAAAGGAAUGAGAAGGAACAACAACAGCAGCAACAGCAGCAACAACAACAGCAGCAACAGCAACAGCAGCAGCAAGGCGGGGAUGAGGAAACAGACGAACAACUGCAACAAGAGCGACAACAACUUCAUCAGAGCAAGGCGGUGUCAGGUCAUCAACAUGAGACAGCAGCAGCAGCAGAAGCCGAGGUGGUGGUGGAUACGAGAAUGGACACUGCAGGUGAUGUUGUUGAUGGUCGCGUCGACACCAUCAUCCACGACAACAACGAUGAGAGUGAUGGUGAUGGCGAUGAAGGUCCGAUUGUGUUGCUGGAUCAGGAGGAUGCCUUGCCGCUGCCGUCACCAACACCGUCCGUGAUGAAGACGACGACAGCUGAUGGAACAACGAUGGACACGGACGCGGAUACACAGACACGUGCACAGGAAGCGACGCCAACACAACACCACCAACACCAACAGCAGCAACAGCAGCAGCAGCAGCAGCAAGAUGAGGAGAAGGAGGAGGAGGAGGAGAAGGAGGAGAGGAAAGAGGGCGGGGCAGCUGCAAGUGGCGACAGCAGUCGUGGUCGUGGUCGUGGUGGCGAUGGUUUGACAGCGGAGCUGAUCCCAGGCGUCACCGUGGAGGCAGCAAUGAACAGCAAGGACGCAGCGCAACGGGCCCAGUAUGCCUUGCGUGUGCAGGCGAAGACGCUACAGCGGGCGGCAAAGCGGGCAGCGAGUGCUGUUGGCGACGUGACGACAGACAUGAUUGUGGAUGUGCAGCAUCUGCUGCGGCUGUUUGGCUGCCCUUACGUCAUCGCCCCGCAGGAGGCAGAGUCGCAGUGCGCGCAGUUGGAGCAGCAAGGGCUGGUGUCUGGCGUGAUCACGGAUGACAGCGAUGUGUUCCUGUUUGGCGGUCGCCGCGUGUACCGCCACGUGUGCUCGCAGAAGAAGGACAUGCAGCUGUAUCUCGCUGACGACCUUGAGAACCUUGCUGGCCUGGACCGGUCCUCGCUCAUCGACCUUGCCUACCUGCUGGGCAGCGACUACACCCCUGGCGUUGCUGGCAUUGGGCCCGUCACCGCCGUCGAAGUCAUCAGCGAAUUCCACAACGCAGACAGCACCUUGCACGACUUUAGGGACUGGGUGCUCAAUCCCGAUGCGCCGCGCGUCGGUGUGCGCAGCAUCGACCGCCUCCGCAACACCAUCGCCCUGCACCCUGCCUUCCCCAACCCGCUGGUUCGCCGUGCGUACCUCGCCCCUGUUGUCGACGCGGACGACCAGCCGUUCACGUGGGCAAGCAUUGAUCUCGAUGGGCUGCGCCGGUUUGUGGCGGAGAAGCUCGGCUGGGAGCGGCACAGGGCUGACGACUACAUUCUGCCGCUUGUGCAGCCCGCUCGCGAUGCGCGCAUGCACCAGACGUCCAUUCUCCACUUCUUCGAUCGCCUCCCCAGCAAGCGCGAGCCGAAUCAGGGCAAGCGGAGCAGUGCUGGUCAGCGUGCUGGUGGCCGUGGUGGUGGCCAAGCGUCUGCCUCAUCAUCGUCACUGUUAUCAUCACCAUCAUCACAGCAGCAGCAGCAGCAGCAGCGUGGUGGCAGCGGUGAUGGGUUUCUGCCCUUCUUCAAGAGCAAUCGGUUGCGUGCAUCACUGCACAAGCUGAUGAAGAAGCAAGGCAUGGCCAUUCCCCAGGAAACGGACACACCGACACCGGCACAACUGCGGUCCAAGCGAGCAGCAACAGCAGCAGGGAAGAAGGGCAAGGAAAGGGGACAGUCUGGUGCCGCUGCCAACAGGAACAGGACCAGCAACGACAACAGCAACAGCACCAACGAUGACAACAAUGACAGCAGCAGCAGCAGCGGAGAAAGUGGUGGUGCGAGACGCCCGCGGUCUGCGUUUGAGUUGUACUGUGAUCGAAACCGGGAGGAUGUGGCGCACCGAUUCCGGCUGCGGAACAAGAAGCAUUUGCAGGCGAAGCUGGCGAACAUGUGGCAGGCGCUCGGGACAGAGGAGCGGGUGGCGUGGAUUGACGAGGCGGCCGCACUCAAGCGGGCGUGGGAGGAGAAGAUGAAGAGCGCGGGGGUACAUGGUGCCAGCGGUGGUGGUGAUGGGGGAGAUGUUGCCAAUGGGUUUAUGGUGCCGCCAUCUGCUGAGGUGCAGUACAAGAAGCGUGGAGAGGGUGGGAAGCGGAAGAAGAAGAAGAAGAAGGGCAACGGGUUUCUGGCGUGGUUGGAGGCGAACAAGGCAGAGCUGAAGCGAAAACACGCUGGCAUGCCGCUACACAAACUGCUGGCGGUGGCGAAGACGCAGUGGAACAACCUCUCCGAUGCAGACAAGGCGCAGUGGGCAGAGGAUGGUGAUGGUGAAGGUAGUGGUGGUGACGGUAGCGAUGUGGCGUCUGCAUCUUCUUCCACCACGAGUGGCGAUGGUGGUGAGCCGAGUGCUAAGCGCGCGAAGCGGCAAGAGACGGAUGGUGACAUUGACCGCACCCUCGAGUCGUUUGUGACACCACCAUCAAUAUCGACAUCAUCGUCGUCAUCAUCAUCAUCAUCAUCACCGUCAUCGCUGCCGCCGUUUGUGGUGUCUGUGAACCGCAGCCCCGUGCUGAUCUUGUGGGUGGCGGUGGUUGCGCGGCUGCAAGGUCACACGUGGUGCACGGGCCUGACGCUUGGGCGGGCGCUGGCUGAUGCGUUUGCUGCGGCCAAAGGCGCUCGUCUCGGUAUCGCCACACAUGGACCGGCACCAUCAUCAUCAUCAUCAUCAUCAAUGCAAUCGCUCACAUCAUCAUUCGCAUCAUCAUCAUCAUCACGUGCGUCGUCGUCGUCGUUGUCGUCUGUGACGUCCAUUCGGGUGCUUGGGCGGGAUGUGGAGGUGGAGCAGACGCCGCUUGGCGUGCGUGCGCGGUCGAGAGGGCGCGUGGUGUCGCCGCUCGUGGUGAUGGCGCACCUGCGACGCAGCUUCAAGCAGCAGCUGCAGGUGGUGUGCCGCUGGCUGUGGCUGCUGGGGCAGGCUGCGCCCAACCCCAUGUGGCUGGACACGCACGCAUAUGGGAUGUACACGCGGAUCCGGCCGCAGGUUGGGGAGGCGGCGUCAGGCUGGGGCAGGGCGGGCGAGUUUACGUCGCGCGCUUGUGCAGAGGAGAUGAAGUACGUGGCAGAUCUCGUCAAGCUCCAACAACAACAACAGCACACGGACUGAUGUCGUGCGUGCAUGCAUGCAUGUGUGCGUGCGUAUUGAUUCUUUUGUUGGGUUUGCGAGUUGCUAGUUUUUUUCGUGUUGAUAUCGUCGAUGAUGGCAUGAGCAGCAUACAUGUUUAUUGCUCCUUUGGAGAGAGGCGUAAGGUUUUGGUCAUUGAGCGCUUGUGAACGCACGCGCUUGUUCGGAACAUCACACAAAAAAGGAAAGCAAGCAGA